AUGGUCCAACUUCCAGCUCCUCCAGAACCAUCGCACGCUCCUCGCGAUUCGCCCGAUGAUGAGGAAAUGCCUGCAUGCCGGCCGAAUGAUCCGUGGUGUGGCUUCCAUUCUCAUCCAACAUACGCUACGACUCCAAUCUACGUUACGACUCCAGCCUACGUUACGACUCCAACCUACAAUACGACUCCAACCUACGUUACGACUCCAACCUACGUUACGACUCCAACAUACAUUACCACUCCAACAUACGCUACGACUGGACCCUCGACAUCCAGCUAUGCACGCCAAACUCCAAAGUAUAGCAGCUCUAAGCCAUCGCACAGCUAUCGCUACCAGCACACUUCAUCACCAUCCUACCCACAGGUUACUCCAAAGUACACCUCACCAUCAGCCACAUACCAACACAGCACACCAAAGUACACCUCGGCAGCGGCCACUUAUCCGCACAGUACAACAAAGUACACCACUCCUGCAGCUUACCAUCCUCACCACACCACCUAUCCGUCAAUCCCAACGCCAACCGAAGAAGAUCAUUGUAAAGAACCAGCAAUGGACUGCUAUUGA